CUAAUUACCUUUAAAUAGUUAUAGUUGUGUUUUGUUUGUAAUCUAUUUUGAUACCUAUUUGUCAGUAGUUAAAGCGGCUUGCUCCACUACUUCUAUGAAGAUUUUCUCUCAAAGUGAAUUCAUCCAUCAAUAUUCAAAAAUCAGUUAUUAACUUCAAUACCUAGCUGAACAAGUAGUCUCAAGAGAAUAUGAAACCUUCAAUUGACAUCGACUCACUUCGCAGUGAGCAUGAAUCAGAUGAACAGUGGCAGGUACGUCGUAGCUUUAUGCUGGAACACAAGGACAAUUUUGAUGAGGAUGAACUGGUGACUCUGGCACAAUUGUAUACUAAUAUUGAGUUCCUAGGGUGCAGAUACCCAGUAGAAACAAUGAAGCGAAUUGCAAAAUUAGCAGAGAAAGUAUCAGCUAAGUACAAGGAGAGUAGGAAAAACAAACUCAAACGGACCUUUGUGCAGGCCAGUGAUGCAGCAGAACAAAAGGCCAAACGGACAUUUAAACAAUAAAUUUGACUAUCAAAUAAGGGUUAUUCUGGGAUUGUAAAAUUGGUAAUUACAGAUUUUUCUCCAGAUAUUUUUUGAAAAUUUAAUUCUAUUGCCGCUUAUGUUCUAAAAUAUGAAGAUGUUAUGUGGUUUAAUAAUGAAAGGGUUAAUUGUUAAUACUAUACCGCAUAUCAGUAGUGUUUUACUUUUAUCUCUCUUCUUAUUCUUGUCUAUGAAUGCAAAGGUACACCCACAAGCAGAGAUAAUACAUUUUAUUUUUAACUAUUAUAGUUCUUGACUGGAAGAUGAGCAGUAUUUCAAUAAUCAUUCUUUAUGAAAGAGUUAUUUGAACCUCUCCAAUAAUAAAAAUUGCCAAAAACACCCUAAUAAAUGUCAGAAAUGCUUUAGAGCCUAUACUGUACCCAAUAAUAAUGAGGGGUAGCAAAGGCUACCAAGGGCUAUAUUGCCCGCCCCUGCACCA